AUGCCUGUAUCCUCCCCGUUCCCGGAUCUCGAUAUCCCGAAAUGCAACUUGCUGCAUCAUCUAUUUCCCAAGGGAAAGCUCUUGUCAGAUAAGCCAAUAUGGGUUGAUUCAAAGAAGCCCGAACUAUACCUCACGCAGCGGACAUCGCUGCAAUGGACAAAAAGACUGGCGAUGGGACUGGAUCGCAUUGGGAGCAAACGUGGAGAGGCUAUUAUGCUUUGCACGCCAAAUCACAUCUUUCUUCCUAUAGCCUAUCUCGGAAUUGUAGGCUCUGGGCGUGUGUUCAGCGGUGCUAAUCCAGCCAAUACAGUUCCGGAGAUUGUACAUCAGAUUUCAGACAGCAAAGCAAAUUUUGUGCUCGCACACCCGGCGUAUAUACAAUCAGCCAUGACAGCAGCCAAAGCUGCGGGCAUUCCCGAUGGGAACGUUUUUCUCUUCUCGGACGAGCUAUGUGCGCCAGUGGAAGGCUGCAGAGACUGGAGAGACUUCCUACCUUCUCUUGCCGAAGCCGAAGAAUAUGAGUUUCCAGCAUUAUCUGAACACGAAGCAACAAAACAACCAGCGACGGUCAACUACUCGUCUGGUACUACAGGAAUGCCCAAGGGUGUCGCGGUUAGCCAUUAUAACUUAAUUGCGAAUCUUGAACAAACCAUCGUCAUGAAAUACGCCAAAAAGCCCUGGACCGCUCAAACCCGGCCUAGGGAGACAUGGGCAGGCUUCUUACCACUGUACCAUGCCUAUGGCCAACAAUACACCAUAAGCAUGGCACUGAAGCUAGAGAUCACUUGCUACGUUAUGCCGAAGUUCGAAUUCGAAGAGUUCCUGCGACUUGUUGAGACGUACGAAGUAACACAUCUGCAUCUUGCGCCACCUGUCAUGGUCAUGCUCAGCAAAAGACCGGAGACUGCCAAGUACAAUCUCAAUAGUGUGACUGAUAUCUUGAGCGGCGCCGCGCCUUUGUCCAAGGAACUCCAGAACGAAAUCAGCAGCAAGCUGGGAUGUGAGGUUAUACAAGGCUAUGGUAUGACGGAGGUCACUUGCGGAAUUUUGCUGAUGCCGGGUGGUACCAUAGACGACUCCGGAUGCGUGGGUCAGCUAUUUCCAAACACCAAAGCUAUGCUUCUCGACGAACAAGGCAAUGAAGUGCCCGAUGGCCAACCAGGCGAACUCCACGUCCGUGGCCCGAACGUCUGCUUGGGAUACUGGCGCAACCCAAAGGCGACGAAAGAAGCAUUUACGGCAGAUGGCUGGUUGAAAACAGGUGACGUGGCUGUGGUAAAGAAUGGGUGGUUUUGGAUUGUCGAUCGAAAGAAGGAACUGAUCAAGGUCAAUGCCUUACAAGUCGCCCCUGCCGAGCUCGAAGCCGCGCUCCUUGAGUUCAAUCCUAUUGCCGAUGCAGCUGCUGUUGGUAUCACACUUGAUAACCAAGAGUGGCCGCGCGCAUAUGUUGUACUCAAGGAUGAGUACAAGGGAAAGACGACCGCGGAGGAUAUUCAUGGUCACAUGAAGGCUAGGGUCUCGAAACACAAACAGCUCGUAGGAGGUAUUGUGUUUGUGGAUGAGGUGCCGAAGUUGCAGUCUGGAAAGAUCAAGAGGAAGUUGAUGAGGGAGUGGGCGAAGAAGGAUGCUGAGAAGAUGAACAGAGCGAAGCUGUAG